AAUGGACGAGGAAGACAAGCCUCGUAAUCCGUUCGCGAAGCAUUUCGGUAGGCUAAAGAGUUCUGAUGAUAUUUACGCUGCUGUAGUCCAGAAAGAAGGAAGUCAAGAUGCAACAGUGUCGGAUCAACUCAGGUCACUCAUUUCAGCCAAACCGUCUCCAGCGGUGCUUAGUGGUGGAUCGAUUAUCGUCAGUGAUCGACAGAACCCAGUCUCUUCGUGUGCUUUGUAUCUGAGUCUUCGUUACCACGACAUGAAUCCCGAUUACGUUCACCAAAGGUUGAAAAAGCUGGGUCAGCAAUACGAACUUCGGAUUCUUCUGGUCGAGGUUGAUUCGAAGGACCCUUAUCAUUCGUUGAAAGAACUGACAUCUAUUUGUGUCCUUGCCGAUCUCACGUUGAUGCUUUCUUGGUCCAAUGAGGAAUCAGGAAGAAUAUUGGAGACCUACAAAGCUUUCGAGAACAAACCUGCGGAUCUUAUUAUGGAAAAGCAAGAAGCUAGUUCUACAUCGCGGAUAAUUGAUGCCUUGACCACGAUUCGUUCCAUCAAUCGACCAGACGCCAUGACGCUUCUUUCAAACUUUGGUUCCCUUGCAAGCAUCUUGAAGGCUUCCAAAGAAGAGCUUGCUUUGUGUCCUGGAUUUGGGCCGUCGAAAGCGGCGAAGUUACACGCGUCCUUGAAGCAGCCUUUCAUCAAACCAGCGAAAACGAAAUCGAAA